AUGACGUUUGCCUCAGUAAAAACCAUUUUUACAGAUAAUGCCUAACCGAAAACGAUCCAUGUUCUGUUCCAAAAGGGAUGCCCUCCUAAAACAGCGAAAAAGGGAGUUACGUUCACAGGAAACACCAGAGGCAAGAGAGGCCCAUCAUGCUUCACAGCGUAGUCGUGAUCUACACUCACUAUUUGAGGAGUCAGCAGAAAUAAGGCAGGCCCGUCUUGCUGCCCAGCGUAGUUGUGAUCAACGCUCACUACUUGACGAGCCUGUUGAAGCAAGGCAGGCCCAUCUUGCUUUCAUGCGUAUUCGAAAUCAGCGCUCACUCCUUGAGGAGUUGGCAGAAACAAGGCAGACCCGUCUUACCGCCCUGGAUGCUCCAAUAAUGUGUAACGGCACGCGGAUGAUAAUCAAAGAAUUAUACUCCCAAAUUCUGCAGGCAACCAUCUUGAAUGGACCAGCUGCUGGUUAAGAUGUUCUUAUAACUCCAAUGUCCUUCACUCCUUCCGAUACAAUCUACAAGUUUAAGCAGCUUCAAUUUCCUAUCAAACUCUCCUUUGCAAUGACAAUAAAUAAGGCACAGGGUCAAUCAUUGCAAAUGAUUGGUUUAAAUCUCACAGAGCAAGUGCUCUUCCACAGUCAACUUUAUGUUGGAUCCUCCCGUGUUGGCAAGCCACAAAGUCUAUACAUUUGUGCAUCAGAAGGGAAAACAAGAAACGUUACCUACAAACAAGCGCUCCACUGAAAAGACAGCAUUUCUUCACAUCUUUCAAAUCAGCCCAGUCAUCUGCUGCCUCAAAAGCUUCGGAGUCGCUAUGCCAGCCAAUGCAGCUCAAUGACACACACCUUCACUUACUCACUCCCUCUCUUUCUCACCCUCUUUCUCUCUCACAUACACACAUGCAAGCAGGCGCGCGCACCCACACACC